AUGACCAGUAUACCGGCUAACGUUCGUAAUUAUUUCAAAUUAGAGCUUCUGAUCGCUCGUUCAUGCGUCAUACUUCGUCAGGUAUUCAAAAAACGAUAUUUUCUAUUCACCGACAGUCAAUUAUGGGAUGAUUUAUCGACAUAUAAAAGCAGUUAUUUAGCUAAUAUUAUUGGAAAAAGCAAAAAAAUCAACUUGACAACUGUUCAAAAAACAUUAGUCCUUAAUGGAGAUUCUAACGAAUGGGAUUUAACGACGUUAACUGCUCUUCUAUUGAAUCCCGAUCGUCCAAAGACUCUUAGUACAGCUGAGAUACAACAACUUGAUAAUGAAGAUAAAUUGCUUAUUCAGUUGCGAGGUAUCCGUAAUACAUUAGCUCAUCAUCCGUCGAAAAACAUUACCGAUAUUGAAUUUCAUCAGUUUUGGUUUCAGUUAACAGCUAUCCUAGUGGCCUUUGGCGAUAUCGAUAGUGAAUUGGAAAAACUCAAAGAUGAUCUUGUGUUUCAAUCGUCCACUCAGUCGAUUAACGAAGAGAAUGUGACGGAAGUAUUACGUUUAAACUUAUUAGGUACACAAGCUCAUAAAGAGCAGAAAUUCUCUGAUGCUAUAAUAUUGUUUACGAAAGCAGCUGUCUUAGCGGGUGUUUCAGAUAAUGAUCGGGCCAUUAUCUAUUCAAAUAUGUCAGCUAGCCGACUAGAUUUGUACGAACAACAAGCAGACCCUUCGAAUAUGUUCGGCAAUGGUGAUCCAACAGAUCAACGAUAUCGUGCAUUACGCGACUCGAAACAAGCUCGAAUGCUGUGGCCAACAUCAUGGAAAGGGCAUUUUCGUGUUGGCAAAGCUUACGCUGCUUUAAAUGAACAUGAAAAAGCGAUUAAUUCAUUUGAACGAGCAUUAGCCCUUGAUCCAAGCAACAGGAAAAUACAAGAAGAACUAAGUAAUAGCCGUCAAAUCCAGGCUCGACAACUACGACAAGAACAUCUUGAUCCACGUCUUAAACCACUAACAGUACCUGAACAGUUGAAUGAGAUGAAAGAAAAAAUCGGGACAGAUCCACAGCAAGUACGUUUGGCUCAUAGUUUGCUGGACAGGGUGAAUCCUUCUGGAGCUGAUGUGGUCAAAGGCCACAAAUAUGAACAUGGUGAUAUCGAUGUUAAACAAGAUUACGAGCAGGCUGCUAAAUAUUUCGCUAAAGCAGCUAGUCAGGGUAAUGCCGAAGGAUUGUAUAAUUUAGCUCGGCUAACCGAUCGUGGUUUGGGCGUGAGAAAAGAUCAUCGUAUGGCUACUAAAUUAUUCGAACAAGCGACCGAACAAUCGCCGAACGAUCCAAUAUUCCAAGGCUCCCCGAACAUCGGUGUAGCUGAAUCUGAACAUGCUCUCGGACUUCGCUAUGCUGAGGGCGUUGACGUCCAUAAGAACCCGUCAAUCGCUGCUCAAUGGUAUAAGCGUGCUAUCGACCACGGCAGUGCUAACUCCGCCAAUAAUUUAGCUUUGAUGCAUCAAAGUGGUACUGGCGUUGAAAAAAGUCUUGAAAAGGCUAGAGAGUUGUUUGAAUUGUCAGCGAGAAGAGGGGAUCCAAAUGCUAUGAAGAAUUUAGCCGAGCAUUUAUUCAACACAAAUGAUCUUGAAAUGGCAAAAAUUUAG